CAUUUUGUCCUUCACGGGCUGCUGUCGGAGGCCCUCCCCUCCCCUCCGGUCUCUCCCCCCUCACAGUCACAGCAUGGAUCCACUCUCCAACUUUAUUUCGCCGUUUUCCUGUUAGUUUCACGUCGCUCUUAGGAUUAACAGUCUUCGUCUGGAUUCCCUCUAAACUCAUUUUUUUAAACACCAUGUUUACGACCACCGGCUCUCGGGGCCUCUACAAGGCUCCUCUGUCUAAAGGCCUCCUGCUGGUCCUCAAUGGUCUGACUGUGAUGCUCACCUUGCUGCCACAGUACCAGGAGCUGUUCCUGUACAACCUGCAGGCUGUCACACAGCAGCACCAGGUGUGGAGGUUUUUGUGCGGUCGUCUGUUCUGUCUAGACGUGAAGGACGCCUUCUGUAGCAGCCUGCUCAUCUACAACUUCCGAAUCUUUGAGAGGAGGUUUGGCACCAGGAAGUUUGCUUCUUUCCUGUUGGGUACUUGGUGUCUCUCUGCGCUGAUGGACUUCCUGCUGGCUCAGGCUUUCCAGUUUUUAUUUGACUAUGAGGUGGAGGAACUGCCCGCAGGACUGCUCGCUCCAGUCUUCUCUCUGUUUGUGCCUUUCUAUCUGUUGAUCCCCAGGAUGCCGGUCACCCAGGUCCUGGGCCACAUCCACAUCACAAACAAAUCUCUGGUCUACAUUGUAGGCUUGCAGCUGUUGACCUCAAGCCCCUUCAUGUGGCUCCUUGCACUUAGUGGGCUGAUCUCAGGCGGACUGUACCACUCCAAUGUCCUGUGGUUACAGAAGCUCCUCUUUGUACCCAUGUGGGUGUCUCGUAUUGGACGGUAUAUUCUGGAGCCACUCUUUUCAAGCUCCCAGCCAAGCAAUGAGACACCCCUGGGGAUGGGUGCCACUCUGGACAUCCAGAGGCAGCAAAGGAUGGACAUGCUCGACCAACAGCUGCUCCUGGCCCAAUACAACGAGGCCAGGAGGAACACCAGACACCAGCCACAGUCGGGGUUGUUACAGUGGACCAGGUUGUUCCCUUCCCUGAGACAGAGAGGGCAGAACCGACCCCCAUUGCAGCCCCGCCCCCAGGCGCAGACACCCCCAUCUACACAGCCACCCCUAUUGGACAACUCUCCUGUCGCAGAGGAGCAGGUUGCACGGUUGGUGGAAAUGGGUUUUUCCAGGAUUGAUGCCCUCGAGGCACUCAGAGCUUCAAAUAACGACAUCAACAUGGCAACCAACUUCCUCUUGCAACACUGAGAGAGAGAGAGAGUGAGAGUGCUCAGUGAGAAAAACAGAGGUGAAGGAGGACAGAGAGAGAAAGCAGGAAGAGGAACAACCAAACCAGAGGAGCCAAAAGCGAAACGGAAAGGAAAAAAAAAAAGAUGGUGGAUGAUGGAGACAAACGAUAUUUGUACAGAUAAUCUGAAGGCUGUGUCACCGCUCCCUGAAGCGGUGUUGGGCUGACCCAGCCUGAACUGAGCACGAUAGCAGGCUGAUUAAUGAAGAAGUGUGAAGCACAAAGUGGGAGACAUUUGCGUCAUAGCUUUCCUGAUGGCCGUCGCCACGUGAAGCAGGCGUCAUUGUUCAAAGCAGAUGAGUUAGACCUCUAACUACAAGUGGGGGGCGCGGGGGGUUCCCAUUGGAAAAUCUACAGAAACCAAACAGGUCAGAGCUUUCGUCGCAGUACAAUUUAAAAACAUCUUCGGUCCAGUGGACGAAAUAUAAAGUGGGCUUUUUGUUUAAAACAGAACUAACGCUGAAGCACACAAAUCAGCUGAGAUCCUUACGCACCCUCUCCACAUGGAUACUGUCUUAUAGCUAUGUGAAAUAGUUUUAUAUAACCGACAUCCGUCAUGUACUGCCAAUAACCAGCAUCUUAGACCGUGAUAGCUGGCGAGAGAUGAGUAUGACAUGGAAAAGGUUUUUUGACACAUUGGAUCAUUGAAUCAUUACGGCAUCAAUCAGGUUUCAUACUUUAUUUUCAGGAUUUUAGGGCAUCCAGUCCAAUAAUAUGAGGGGAAACGUGACACUGGUUGUACUUAACUCCAUGAGGAGGCAUAAAGGUCAUGAUUACAACUUCAGAAUGUACGAUCCAUAAACAAGAUAACCUACUUUACCAUGGUUUUAUGGCACAGUUGUUAUUUCUUUAUGUUGGCAGUCUUUCGUGGAAGUAGCAGGGCUCAACCCUUUCCUGUUCGAGAUGUUUUAGCAAAGCAGUCAGCCUGACUGACAGCCUCCGUGCGAGCCAAAUUCCUUCCUAGCUGAUUGGUUUAGCCCAUUUGUAACUCUACAACUACACUUCUGGUGACAGACAGGGCUGUUUGGCAGGAUACAGGUUAGAUGGGCUAUCUCAGGGUCUGUUAAUGACAUAAUCACAUUUGCAGACAUGAGUGCACAUACACAGUAGCCCUUCAAGGAGGUCAUGUCUCACAUUUCAUGCUCUCACGUGCAUACGCACACUCCUCAAGGUUAUAUUUAUUUGGUUUUAGCUGAGUUUGAGUCUUUUCUCUGCCAGCGUACAUACAGUAUCUGAAUCUUAGCAAGUCUUAAAAGAUGGAUUAUAUUUAUUAUGCAACACCACGACAAGAGAAAUUUAUGGAGACUAUGCACUGCAUAGUAACUACUUUGAGUGUGUAUAAACGUGCAAAACUUUUGUCCAAGAGAAGUAAUAUUGCAGCCACUAUGUAUUGAUGUCAAAGACAGAUGCUAGUUUUAUAUUUUGUGCAUAAUAAUAUUGAUAAUAUAUGACCACUGAGAUGAGUCUGUCCUUUGUGUGUAUGUAUUUUUUUAGAGUGAUAUAAUAGUAUAUGAGUGUGAUGAGGGAGUUGUUGCAUGACAACUUCCUGAUGACCUGUAAUGAAUCAUAUGUGAUCUGUGGAAUAAAUCAACUUCCUGACUGAA